CCUGCUGACGCGUUCAUUAUUUCUUUUGCAGGUUAUGUCAGCCCAUGAGAAAAGUAUUUAAAAAAGCUCAUUAUUGGAGUAUUUGGAGUUGGAGAUGAAAAAAAAGAAAUAAUUUGUAAAACGGAGACGAAUACAAUUUUUCUCUGAUAUUGCGGAAAGUUGACGAGGAAUUUUUGUCCUUUGUACAAACAUAAAAAUUAUUUCUCUUUAUAGAAAAAGAUAUGCCUGCCCUGUUGACAGAAAAUAAUUUCGAGUGUCGGGUGAGUUCUGUGCUUAAUAAGAACGUUCAAUCUUAUGGGAAGACGUAUAUGUUUGAUAAUUGCAGUGAAACAUGUUGGAAUUCCGAUGCAGGAAGUCCACAAUGGGUUCUCAUUAGCUUCGAAAACGAAUGUGGUCUCUCCAGCUUUGAGGUGGAAUUCCAAGGUGGAUUUGCUGGGAAGAAUUGUCACAUAGAGGCCGUCUUACUUGCGCAGGCUAGAGGUUGAAACUUUAUGUCGUCGACGGCAAAACCUCCAUUACUGGCGCUUCCCUCAAGAAUAAGUCGAUACGGGGUUCGCGCUUCAAUUGUCACUUGUGCCGCCAUCCAUACUGGUCGUGGAUUAUUCAAUCCUUUAGCUGUUAAUGACCACAACUGCAAUACAACAUUCAUUAUUGAAAUAAAAAGUUUAGAACAAAAGUGAAACAUAUAUACUCCACCUCCAAAAGUUGCUAGCUCCAUGCAUCUGAUAUUAAAAUGGAAGUAAAGCAGAAGAUAAAAAUUUUGUUUUUUAUCAGAGAGAGAGAGAGAGAGAGAUAGAUUUUCAAUAUGAAGAGCAUA